GAUGCUCGGGAGGAAGAUGGCACCCACCCGGGGCUGAGACCCUCCCCCCCAUCCCCGCUCCCGAGGAGGAAGCGGCGGUGGCCCGGCAGCCAGAAUGACUUCCUGAGGAGCGAGCCCAGGGAGGCCCACCGGGCGGAGGGGCCCCACGGGUCUGCCGGGCCUCAGUUUCCCCAGCUGUCUCCCCCACCCUUGACCUCCCUGGGAGGUGAAGUGGCUGGGCAGAGAGUGGGGAGGAAGAGAGGAAUAGGAGGCGUGCAGGAGCCGAGGGCCCGGCGCGAGGGACGGACCAUGGCCAGGGUGUUCCUGCCUCUGCUGCUCCUGGGGACGGUGGUGGACGGUCAGCACUGCCCGGGCCGCUGCAUCUGCCAGAACAUCUCUCCGACGCUGACCAUGCUGUGCGCCAAGACGGGGCUCCUGUUCGUGCCGCCGUCCAUCGACCGGCGCACGGUGGAGCUGCGCCUGACGGACAACUUCAUCACCGCGGUCCGCCGCAAGGACUUCGCCAACAUGACCAGCCUGGUGCACCUGACCCUGUCGCGCAACACCAUCAGCCAGAUCGUGGCCGGGGCCUUCGCCGACCUGCGCGCCCUGCGCGCCCUGCACCUGGACAGCAACCGGCUGCUGGCCCUGGACGGCGAGCAGCUCCGCGGCCUGCCCAACCUGCGCCACCUGAUCCUCAGCAACAACCAGAUCAGCCGCGUGGAGCCGGCCGCCUUCGACGAGUUCCUGCUGACCGUGGAGGACCUGGACCUGUCCUACAACAACCUGGAGGGGCUGCCCUGGGCCGCCGUGGGCCAGAUGGCCAACCUGAACACGCUGACGCUGGACCACAACCUCAUCGACCACAUCGCCGCCGGCACCUUCUCCCUGCUGCACAAGCUGGUCCGGCUGGACAUGACCUCCAACCGGCUGCAGAAGCUGCCGCCCGACAGCCUCUUCCUGCGGGCGCAGGUGUUGGCCAGCGCCCGCGGGGCACCCCCGUCCACCCUGACGGUCAGCUUCGGGGGCAACCCCCUGCACUGCAACUGCGAGCUGCUCUGGCUGCGCCGCCUGACCCGCGAGGAUGACCUGGAGACCUGCGCCUCGCCCGAGCACCUGAUGGACAAGUACUUCUGGUCCAUCCCGGAGGAGGAGUUCGUCUGCGAGCCGCCCCUCAUCACCCGCCAGGCCAGCAGCCGGGCGCAGGUCACGGAGGGCCAGGCCGUCAGCCUCAAGUGCCGGGCGGUGGGCGACCCCGAGCCCACCGUCCACUGGAUCGCCCCGGACGGCAAGCUGCUGCACAACACCACCCGCACGGCCGUCUACGCCAACGGCACCCUGGACCUGCUCAUCACCACCCUGCAGGACAGCGGGGUCUUCACCUGCAUCGCCUCCAACGCGGCGGGCGAGGCCACGGCCCCCGUGGAGGUGGGCGUCGUCCCGCUGCCCCUCGUCGUCGACCCCGCCGCCCGCCUCAGGGAGCCGGCCGACCCCGGCUCCAGCGACAUCACCACGUCCAGCCGGGCGGGCGCCAACGAUUCGCGCAGCCCCCUGGAGCGCCGCCUCGUCGCCGCCGACCUCACCUCCAGCUCCGUGGUCAUCCGCUGGCCCUCCGAUCGCCACAUCCCCGGCAUCCGCAUGUAUCAGGUGCAGUACAACAGCUCGCUGGACGACUCGCUGGUCUACAGGAUGAUCCCGUCCAGCAGCAAGACUUUUCUGGUGAACGACCUGGCGGCCGGGCGGGACUACGACCUGUGCGUGCUGGCCGUGUACGACGACGGCAUGACGGCCCUCACGGCCACGCGCGUGGUGGGCUGCGUCCAGUUCACCACGGCCGGGGAGCCGGCGCCCUGCCACCCCCUGCACGCCCAGUUCCUGGGCGGCACCAUGAUCAUCGUCAUCGGCGGCCUCAUCGUGGCCUCCGUCCUCGUCUUCAUCGUCAUCCUCAUGAUCCGCUACAAGGUCUACAGCGGCCCCGACGGCCCCAAGGCGCCCGGACCUCGGGUCAGCGACGUGUAUUCCCAGACCAACGGCGGGGGCGGGGGGUCCGCGGCCGCUCAUCCGCCGCCGCCCUCGGCCAAGCCCCCGCCGCCCGCCGCCCAGGACAAGUACGAGGCCCUGCGGGAGCUGGACGCUCCUUCGAGGCCGAGCCCCGGGGACGGGCAGACGGUGGCCCUGCUCUCCGCCGAGGAGGAGGAGGGAGGAGGGGAGGGCGGGGGGGCGCAGGAAGAGGGACCCCCUCGGGGCUCGGGCGGCUCCACGGUGUCGCUGUGCCUUCUGCCGUCGGGGGUCAACGAGGAGGCGUCCGGAGGGGAGGCUGGGCCGCAGACGCCGCCGCCGCCCCCCAGGAGGAGCCACUCCGGGGUUUUGGGGGUCCCCCCGCCUCGGCUGCCUCCCCGGGAGCUCAGCCGGACUCACCACCACCGCUACUCUUUCGACGGGGACUACGGGACGCUGUUUCAGAGCCAUAGUUACCCGCGACGGGCCCGGACAAAACGCCACCGUUCCACCUCGCAUUUGGACGCGGCGGGCGGGGGGCUGAGCCCCGGUCGGCUCGCCUUCACCAGCACCGAGUGGAUGUUGGAAAGCACCGUCUGAGACCCUCCCCCACCCCCGGC